AAAACCACGUGACCGCUGAGUUCCCAGCUCGGGGCCGGCGAGCGAGCGACGAUGGGCUUUUGCGGGCUGGCUGGCUCUUGGCUUCCCGACCAGAUCCGUCGCUGCUGCUUCUUCGUCCGCAAGAGCAGGUAUCUUCUCUCUGUUCUCGGACUGUGUGUAAGAUCAGUUUGUUGCUGAUCCGUGCUGCUCUUGUGCUUUUGUUCGUUCGCUCUUGCGACUCGUCGGCGUUGAUAGUUGCUCCGUAUGGGGUACGACAAAGUAGUAAAGGGGGCUACCAAGGUGAAGCUGGCGGCUCCCAAAAUCAAAUACAUCGAGCCUAUCCUGCAAGGAACCUCCAAUGAAAGUGAUUUGGAAGACAUCUUUCGCACUCUCUCGAUCCGCUUACGAGACUCUGCCUGGACGGUGGUCUACAAGAGCUUGAUUGUCGUGCACAUCAUGAUCAGAGAAGGUCGCAAAGACGUCACUCUCGAGUAUCUUGCCCGUCACGGCCGGAUGCUUGACACAAAACACAUGACGUUCGAGAAUGCUGGUGCACAUGCCGAGAUCAUCCACCGCUACAGCAGGUACUUACUAGAGCGCGUGCGCCAGUAUGCAAACCUCAAGAUCGACUACGUACGACAUAAAAAGGAUAAUCCGACAAAAGGUCGUCUCCGAACACUGUCUGUCGAGAAGGGUCUCCUGCGGGAGAUCGAAAGUGUUCAAAGCCAGCUGCAUUAUCUGCUCAUGGUCAAGUACCCUCCCGACGACGACAUCUCGUUGACCGCAUUCCGAUUUCUCGUUUUCGAUCUGCUCGCGCUCCAUCAGGCAGUCAACGAAGGAGUGAUCAACAUGCUUGAGCACUACUUUGAAAUGUCGCAUUACGACGCCGAGCGCGCGCUCGACAUUUACAAAUACUUUACAAAAGACAUGGACGGCGUAGUGGAAUAUCUGCAACUUGCUCGGCGGCUCGAAAGCGCCACGAAGCUGUCGGUUCCCAAUAUCAAGCACGCGCCGACGUCGCUCACACAGAGUUUAGAGGAUUAUUUGAAUGAUCCCGAGUUUGAGAUGAAUCGACGACAGUUUCUUGCGCAGAAGGAGGCGAAGCUGGCUGCGCAUCGGUCAGACGCUGACGAAACACCGCUCACAAAAGUGCUGGCUAGUGAGGGCUUUGCGCCGGUAUCUCCUCAGCAGCCACAGCAACCACAGCAGCAGCAGCCAGCUCAGGUCGUGCAGCAGCCAGUGUAUGUGGAUCAGAAUGGAAUGGUUUUGAAUCAGCCACCUUUCGAGCAGACGAAUCCGUUCCCGGUGGCUGCUCAGCAGUUCCAGCAACCUCAGCAACCUCAGUUCCAGCAGGGCACGUUUACGGGGAUGCAGCAAGGUCAGCAACAGGCACCGCUUGCGCCUGAUUUUACUGGUGCUGGAUUUGGAGGGUAUACGAGUCAAUCACAAGCGCAGAGCUAUCCGACUGCUCCUCUGCCGAUCCAGCCGCAGCCGACUGGGUUCAUGGGUCCCGCACCGGAGAACGGAUACAUGGGUCUGUUUAGUUCGCAGGCCCAGCCGCAGCAGCAAUCGGUUUUUAUGACUGGUCAGCAGCAGCAGCCGUUGACAGCACAGCCGACAGGAAGUACGAACCCGUUCCGGCAAGCGACGACGUAUACGGGUAUUAGUCCUCAAUUUACUGGAUCUGGAUCUGGAUCAGGCACGGCGUCGACUUCGAACCCGUUCCAUCUCGCGAGACCGCCGUCGUCGAAUCUGGGAGCUGUGCCGGAGAAUGGGGAUGCGGCGCUUGUGAGCAGGUCUCCGACAAAGACGAAUCCGUUUGCGAUCCAGCGGUCUACGACGACUGUUGUUGCGCCGCCGAUCCAGAGUUUGCAGGCGGCGCAGACGGGGAGCAAUAAUCCGUUUAGAAAGUCGACGUUUUAGAGGUGGAUGCUAUUAGAAAGCUGAGGAGGACUGUGUUUUGUCAAGGGUGGUAUUUGCUUGUUCUGUGAGAUUUGAGUCUGUAAUCAUACGAGAGAGAGAGA